AUUGAUAAGUCGUUCGGAACAUUUUAAAGGCUGUGGGUGUUUAAGGUCAUUGCUGGCUUUUAGGAUGUUUCUUAAAUCUCUCAUAAGGCGUUAAUUUUUUUCUUCUCACCGCGGAUUCCAUUCAAUCAUCAGAAUUCGUUCACAUAUGCUUAAUGCUCUUACUGGAACUGGCUUACAUAAUCUGUAAUGACAAGUAAUCACGAAACAUCUGGUGAUCAUUAUGUGGAUUCCAUAUGCAUUGGGGUUUCAAAAAUUUUAGACAGUAACAAUUCCGAUGAGGACGUUUCCACGGAACCUACUCCUUAUCCUUCUGUUUCCAAUGACAUAGAUAGUGAUGCCUACUACCCUAUUGAGGAACCCUCUCAUGGCAAGAGAGUGCUCGAAAUAAACCCAAAAUCUGUUGUGAAGGAUUCGAAACACGGCACCCGUCUGGGCAAUUGGAGACGUGGUUCCGACUUCAGUAAAAAAGCUGUGUUUGUGCAGCCGCAUGAUGGAAAGUUAUUCAAGGUUGUUUCGAAGCACAAUAUGAAAAAAACGAAACCUCCGGACAUAAGCAAAGAAGUUGCCCAGUGUCGGGAAUCUCACAGUGACUAUCUAGAUUUUUCUAAUAUGAAUCUUCAACAAAUCCCUAAUGGGAUAUUUAAAGAUUUAUCUUUUAUCAAAGAUUUAUUUCUCUAUGGUAAUAAGUUGACUGCAUUACCAAGUAGUAUUAGUCAUCUUACAAAUUUACGAAGGCUAUUAUUACAACAGAAUUGGUUAACAGCUGCAGGUAUACCAAAUGAAAUUACAAAACUUACUAAUUUGGAACAAUUGGAUUUACGCUAUAAUCGGUUAGAUGGUCCGCUACCCACGUGCAUAUGUGGAUUAUGUAAUCUGGAACACUUACUUCUUACCUACAACAAAUUAACGCAUAUUGUAGAUGAAAUAAAAUAUCUAAAGCACCUGUCUGUAUUGGUUGUGAGCCGGAAUCUAAUCCGACAAGAUUUACCUAGCUCUAUUGGUGAAUUGACAAAAUUAGUGAAAUUGGACUUAUCCUUUAAUCACAUCACUUUCCUGCCUGAUAGUAUUGGACAGUGUACCUCGCUCCGUGAUCUUAAUCUUCAACAUAACCAACUGACAAAGCUUCCUGACAGUAUAGGGAAUUUAGUCAACUUGUGUAGAUUAUCUAUCAAGUAUAAUCAACUGGUAGAAAUUCCUGCAAGUUUGGCCAAUUGUGUAAAACUUGAUGAAUUUAAUGUAGAAAACAAUCAGUUAUCCUCUCUUCCUCAUAAUCUUCUUUCCUACUUACCUAAUCUACUGAAUAUCACAUUGUCAAGAAAUUAUUUUACAAACUUUCCCUCCGGUGACCCACAGCAAUUUCAAAAGUGUUAUACAAUUAAUAUGGAUCAUAAUCAGAUUACAAACAUUCCAAAAUCUAUGUUCAGUUUGGCUACAAAUUUGACAAAAUUGAAUUUACGUGAUAAUACAUUGGCUAGUUUAAUUGGACCAGACUUGCAUGAAUUAAAAACAUUGGUUGAAUUGGAUUUGGGCUCUAAUCACUUGACAGAACUGCCUAUAGAAAUCAAUACCCUUAUUGCUCUGGAGGUAUUACGACUGAACUAUAAUCAGUUGACUUGUUUACCAGAUGAAAUUACACAGUUAUCAAAACUACGUAUUUUGGAUUUGGAAUCGAAUCUGUUAGAAUCCCUGCCAGAUGAUUUAUCUGGUUUAACAUCAUUACAAGAAUUAAAUGUCCUGUGUAAUCGGUUGAAAACAUUUCCAGCGAGCAUUGGGCGACUUACUAAACUCAAAGUUAUCAUGGCUGGUGAGAACGAUAUCAGUGAAAUCCCUGUUGAAAUAGGCAAUAUUACAGCACUACACGACUUACAUUUGAAUAAUAAUCCGAAUUUAAACAGUCUACCAGCUGAACUGUCAUUAUGCAGUAAAUUGAUUAUUUUAAAUUUGGAAAGUUGUCCACUACGUGCAUUGCCGGAACCAAUUGUUCAAGGAGGCUCUGCUAUGAUUAUCUAUUUUUUGCAACAAGUUCUACAAUUGCGAAGACAACAGAAUAUGCUAUAACAAAUGGAGAGUAUGCUGAAAUACUUUAACUUAUAUUUUGUAUCUAUCUACCAGUCUAUCUAAAUCAAUGUCAAGUUAUACUUUGUGCACUUAUACCCCCUAGGUGCCUUAAUUGUUAAAUACAGAUAUAAAUGAGGUAAGUCAGUGAUAUAAAUGUGUGUAAUUUUGCUUUUUCAGUAGUUUUUUCCAAGCAGAAUAAGGUGCAUAAAAAAGCAGAUUAGACUGCAGUUCUUUUUGAAUUUCGUCUGUGUGUACGUCUGUAGCUGAGUGGUAGAACACUCUCCAGUGGUCCAUGUUUGAUUUCCGCCUGACUCCACUUCUUAACCUUGCCUAGUUAGUUUACUAGGAAACCUAUAGCUCAAUAGCUUAAAGUCAAUUUCCUAAUCUAAUGCACCGUACAUCUCCAACUCAUGUUGCGAUGCAUGUAUUCUUCAUUUUGUAAUUGGUAUGGAUUUUUCUCAUGGCGAAUAUUUGUUUGCCAAUAGCCAACAGCACAAAAUUACUACUAUUUUGUAUUAUAAGUAGUCAUUUGGAAUAUAUUGAAAACAAAUUUUGAAAAGCUGGUAAAUAGGUUUGUUAAUUACUCAGUAACUCUGAUAUUUUACUAUUCCUUAUACAUAUAUCCUUUUCUAUUUUCAUAUUUAAAGUGAUAUUUAGAGCUUCUCUUAUGCUUAGCUGUACUUCUUUAUCGAUUAUUUCUUUUUUCCUUCUAAUGAAACCGCGCAAAGUAUUCAUUUAAACCACUGCGUUUCUACGUUUUGUGUGAAGUUUUCCUUUAUUGAUUAAUCAUAUUGUUUCAGUUUUCCCUUUUGAAUAAAAAGCCCCGAAAUAAUUCGGCAUUUUCUUGUUGUAUAGACGGUUUUCCUCGUGGGAUUAUUCGUCCUCUCAUGCACUUUUAUCCCCUGUAUAAUGUCAUUAUUAGAUUUCUGUUUUCUGUAUAUUGCACUUUUUCGAAGUAUCACAGAGUUCUUCAUAGAUUUAUCAAUCUUACGAUAUAUUUUUAGUGGUUAAUGGAGAUAACAUGUUUAUCAAUGGAGUUAUAAGAGCUGUUAUUGCUUAGUUUAUAAUCUCUGAAGUCUGUAUCUGUUGGAAAGUGUCUUUUAUUUCUCUGUGAUUUUAAUGAAUCAUGGCGUUUAUAUGGUUGCUCUAAAUGUACCUAUUCUUUCUCCCAUACUUUUCCAUAAAUCACAGUUAAUCUCUUUAUAUAUAUUUUUAUUUCUCUAAAUUUCUGUGUGGCAACUUGAACUGUUGUUACACCAACUUUGUGAAAAAUGUGCUUAAAGAAGUGUGAAACGUAUGUGGGCAGUUGUUCCUUCGUGGUCAUCCACACUGUAGAAAUUGAUUUCUUCUUGAAAAAUACCUUAAACAGAAGAAGCACUAGUAUUGUGUAACCACAGGGCAGAAGGGACAACUGCUUGAAACUCUUCACAUGCGACCUAUUUGAGUUGGUUUUGGGGGUUUUGUCCUUAAAUGUGUUUUGCCACCGGCUACGGACAGCUGCUAGGUAAGUCGGGGUAUGCUUAAUUCUUGGGGUCAAUCUUUUGCUUUAAUUCUCCACUCCACAAUGGAGACGCAGCAUAGCUGGCUGUCUGUUCGUCCAAGAGAAACACCUUACGCUAUGAUGGUAACUGCUUUCACUCUAACUACCAUUCAAACCAUCUUUCUAGCAUUCUAGAAAAUGGCAGGAAUAUUCGUUGGUCGCAUCAUUGUGAUAUAUAAGCCCGAUCACCAUGCCAAAGAUAGUACCGAUUACCGGUUAGGAUUGUGCAAAGAUGUCCACUAAGUGCUGUUCAUCGGUUCAUGCCUAAAAUCUACUUUCAAAUCCUUCUAUAUACUUUCCUAUCUGGGCCAAGUUCAAAUAAUCUAUUUUUUAAUUUCUCCCUUUAGGUAUAUAGAAGAGACGGCUGCGCGUCAAUAUCUUCAAUCAAUCAUUUAGGAUAACUUAACAGCUAAGAAUUUAUAUAAAUAUAUACAUACGUAUAUACAUGCACUUGUCUCAGGCUACUGUGAAAUUAUUAAUUUUAAUUUGUUUAUUUUUUAAAAACAAAUAACCGUUGUAAUGAAUAUUACAUAUUACAUAACAGACAUAACUGUGUAAUCAGUCUCCUUAUUCCUUCCUUCAUCCGCGCGACCUCCCCUUCGUACCACACCUUGAUAUAACUUGUGAAAUCCUUAUCGUACUGCAAAUAUAUAUAUUUCUUUCUAUCUACAUAUAUAUAAUGAAACUUUUAUGGUUAAUAAUGAUAUAUGAAGUUAUUAUGUAUUAUAUUAUCUUUGUUUUUCUUACGUUUGUCUCGUGUACUUACUAUUUUCAGUAGAUGAUAUAUAAAUAUAUACUAUUUUUGCCUUCCUGUAUGAAGAAUUCUUGUUAUUGUUCUUAUUAAUAAUGACUACUCUUCUUCUUCUGUUUCUACAAGUGUUCCACAAAACGUAUCUUUUGUGGUGUUGUUCAUUUCAUUGUUUUCCUCUGCCUUUGUCAACCUUCCAUGAAGUAUGUUGUUCAACUUGACCAGUAUAAGGCAUGCAUAUAUUUGUUACCUACUUAUCAAACACGCCUAGGAGAUUAUGAAUGAAUUAACUACAAGAUUGGACACACAUAUUUGCUCUCUAAUAUAUUUGAAUAUCAGCCUUAUAACUGUCAGACAUGCUGUUCAAUUGGUAGAGUCUCCGGUUCACAGUUUUGUUUUAACACGCAUACAUAUAUAUUCGCUAUUUCGUUUCCACCCCUCAUUUUUCUCUGUCGUCGAAUUCUGUUUCUUCUUUUUUUCUCUUUCUUUUCGUUUUGGUUACUUCUAGUUUGCUUCUCUUACACUGCAUAUAAAAAUGAUGCUGUUAUGUAGUUUAUGUGGAUUUAUUAUUCUCAACAUUAAAAACAAUUCCUAAUUGUACAUACAUGCUAAAUAAUAAUAAUAAUAAUAUUUCAGAAAUCUUAUAAACCUUGUCACCAUCAUGGUCAAGUAUUUGUACUUGAUUGAUAAGUUCAGUUUGUUAAGAAGCAAAACAGAUAACUUUGUUUUCAUUUAUUAUAAUUAUUGAUAUCAUUAUAAAAUUAGUAUUAUUAUUA